GUCGGGGUGGGGAUCAGUGGCAACAGGCAGUGGCUCUCAACUGGGGGUGAUUUUGCUCCGCAGUUUGGGAAAUUUGGCAAGGUCUGGAGACACUUUUGGUUGCACAACUCGGUGGGGGGGCACUACUUCUAAACAUCCUCCAAGCACAGGACACCCCCCACUGCCCAAACAGUCAUCCAGCCCCAAAUAUCCCUCAUGCUAAGGUGGAGAGAGCCUUAGGGUGGGGCAGGGUAGGACAAACCCAGGCCCUGAGGAGGGCCUCAGCAUCCCCAGGCUGCCUGUCCUUGCUGUCACCAGCCCUGGGCGGCGGCCUGUCAGCUCUCCUCCUCGUCUGGUGUUAGGGUUUGAAUUGUGUCCCCCCUCAAAAUAUGUGUUGUAAAUCCUAACCCUUCAUGAUGCAAACGGUUAAGUGCUCAGCCGCUAACCGAAAGGUCGGCAAUUUGAACCCACCCAGUGCUCUGCGGGAGAAAGGCCUGGUCAUCUCCUCCUAUAAAGAUUACAGCCUAGGAAACUCUGUGGAGCAGUUCUGUUCUGUCACAUGAGUUGGAAUAGACUGGAGGGUGCCUAACAACAGUACCUGUGGAGGUGAUCCUGUUUGGGAGUAGGAUUUUCUUUGUUAGGUCAAUGAGGCCAUACUGCUGUAGGGUGUGUCUGAAACCCAUAGCUUUUGAGAUAUAAAACUGGCAGAUUAGGCACAGAAGCCAGCAAGCAGGAGUGGGGACAAGAUAGAUGCCACAUGGAGAUUUCCAAGGAACACUAGAGAAGCCGAGAGAAGGAUUUUCCUCGGGUGGACAGAGAGAGCCUUCCCUGGAACCUAGCCUUGUAAAGUGUGAGAAAGUAAAUUUCUGUCCUUAAAAACCACCCACUUGUGGAGUUUCUGUUACAGCAGCACUAGGCCACUAAGACACCCGCUCAUGUGUCCUGCGCCUUCCGGGCCCCCGGAACCUCACUGCCACAACCUCUGUCCUUCCCCCAGGGCCCAGAGAGGAUUAGGGGCUGUGAGAGCUGCAGAUGUCGGAGGUAGAAUCUCGUCCAGUGUCCUUGUUUACAUAUGGAGAGGCCAAGGCCCAGAGAGGGUGAGCAAUUUGCCCAGGGUCACACAGCAUAGUGGGGGAGUGGGAGCAGGCUGAAGCGGCCCAGCUGGACAGGAGGUCAGAUGCCGACCUGCCCCAGCUCUGGGGCUCCCAUGGUCCCCUUCCCGCCUGUGGGCCCCUCCCACCUACCAGAUUCCACAGUGUCCUGAUGAUGGUGAUCAUGUAUGUGUCGUGUGUGUUUUUUUAUAUACGAUUUAUCAUGUUGUGUCUUUUCAUUAUUUAUAACAUGCUUAUUUUAAAAAUAAGUGAUUGGGGUAUACACACAAUGGAGUAUCAUCGGCCAUAAAGAUGAAGUCGUGAUACAGGCUACAGUUUGGGUGAACCUUGAGAACACGACGCACAGUGGAAAAAGCCAGCCACAGAAGGCCGCGUGUUGUGUGAUUCCGUUUCUGUGGUGUGUCCAGCUUGGACAAAUCCAUGGCCAAGGUAGACUGGUGGCUGCCAGAGGCUCUCCAGGGCAGGCGGGGGCCGGCGUCAGCAGCACCGUGUGGCGGUUGCAGCGGAUAUUGUUUGUGAACCCCACUCAGCCCUGGGGUCUCCUCUCUGCCUCAUUGCCCCCAUCUUGGAAAUGGGGAGGGCAGGAGCAACUCGUGCACAGGGUGGUUGUGAGAAUUAAGUGAGCUGAUGAGCAAAAGGGGUUUAGGAUUAUGCCUGGCAGGGCGAAGGUCCUCAGGCAGGUGAGCCCCGGGCCCCGUGGCCUGUCUGUACGGUGGGGGGAUGCGGGGGGGCACACAGGUGGUGGGCAGAUGGCAGCUCCCUGUACCCGUCUGGCCCCUCCCAGCCUGGCCUGCACUCCCGGCCCCUCUGCGCCUCGGGCCUGGCUGGGAGCCAGACUCGCGGAUGCAGACUCCGCUCAGCUGAGCCCCAGUGCCCUCCCUUCCUCCUCCAGAAGCUGGUCAAUACCCGCUCCUUCCUGGCCUCUAAUUGCUUAUGGCGGCUGCUGUCGCCACAGAUGGCCCCCCACCCCGGAGCAAGGACAGGGGCCAGGAGGUUUCUGACAAGCAUAUUCUGGGCCAAAUUGGGGGCAUAGGAAGUGAAGGACGGCAUGGCUGAGGACAUCGGGGCCAUGUGUGUGGGCACUGGGGCUGGACACCUGGGCUCCAACACCCUGCCUGUGCAGGCUUUGCUGAGCCUGUUUGGGCCUCAGUUUCCCCAUCUGUGAAAUGGGGCCAGGAUGGCGCCUACUUGGCCAAGCUGGGAAGAUGGCACAGGACUAUUAUUGCUGUGAUGGAGACUCUUGCUUCGUUGGGUGGGUUUCUGUCUGUCAGCGUUCUUGAAUCAGGCGAAGGAGCCCAAAGAGAUGGACCUGGGUGCUAGGAGGGGUGCAGGCAUGGCAGGGAGGAGCCUGGGGAUCCAGUCACCCUUGGAGGGGCCCCAGAUGUCCCCUGGCCCCAUGUAGCCUAGCCCAGAGCAGGUGAGAAGGUGGGCUUGUUGGAGCCUCAGUGCUGACUGAGACAGCAGGAUACGGGUGGGGUGGAGUCUGGCAAUGAUGCCUGCAUGGCCUGACCUCUGCCUGCCUGCCUGCAACCUUGGCCCCCUCGGUGACUUGGCUCAUGGGGUCCCAGUGCUUCCAGCUGUCCAAAGGGGCCAGGGGCCCAGGCCCGGACAGGCUCAGCCAAGGUGGGGAGGGGCCUGCAGGGACUUCUGUUGGGCUGCAAGCCGUUAAAACAAGGGUUUUAGAACAAGGUUGGUAAGCAUGGGGAAACUGGGGCGGUUUGUAUCAACGUGUGCUGUUGGGUCACAUGCUCCUUGUUCCUGCUGGCAUUGUAGCUGGUCCUGAGUAGGAUUGUUUUCCUGGGUGGGCACGUCCCCCCGGAUGGGCCCAUGCUCCCCUUUGGUGGGCCGUGGGUCCCACUUAGAUGGGCCGUGUGCCCCUAAGAUGGGCCGCGUCCCUCCAGGUGGGUCAACGUGUGCCCCUGGAGUAUGGCAUGUCCCCCCCCCGCCAUGGGCUACAUGUCCCCUGAUAGGUCUGGACCCCCUCCGCUGGCCUGCAGCCCCCUCCGUUACUGCCUUACACCGGGCCCUGUGUGCUUCCUCAGAGUCCCAUUGGCCUCAACUUGGCCGCUGUGCCGGCUGUGGGGCGGGAGAGGCUCCUUCCCCGCCUCACCUUCCAGCCAUGGCUGCGGCUGCCUCCUGGGCAGGGAAUUGGAGACCUCAUGAACCCUCGGUGAUUGCCUCUUCUGCAGCUUCAGGAGAGUGGCUGCGGAGCCCUCUCAGCUGUCACUAGAGAGGAAAACAAAACGUCCCUGCGGCUUCUAAAUGGAAGGGCCUGGAGUCUACCCGCCCGCCUCCCGUUCCGGCUGUCUGGGCUGUUAGCUGUCACGGUGAGGGGACCAGAGAGGGGACAGUGACACUUGCCGCAGGGACCAGAGGGGCUCCUGUUCACCCCCUGCCUUCCCCAAGCCUCGGGGCCCUGGGCCUGCCCCGCUCUUGGGCACCUGGAUCCAGAUGUGCCGGAAGCUCCAAACUCCAGCCUUUGGGGUGGCUCCUGGAGGUCAUGCCUCCCGUGGGGCCCUUUAGUUCUGCGGGAAGGAAGAGACUCAUUGUCCUGCACAGGAAGAGGCUGAGGCUGGGGAGGAGGCCCUUUCCCUCUGGCUCUGCUUAUUGAGGUCUGCUGCCUCCAGGGAGCCCUCAGGGAUUAAUUGGAAGUUUCCCACUGGCCCUACUUGACACUGUCCUCCUGGUUAUUUGUUAGGUCAGCAAGGCACCAUGCCUCUCCUGUGGCCUUACCCUGGCAGCAUAGCCCAACUGCUUUCUUCCUGAGAUCUCUCCGCCCCAGCUCUUUAUGCUCCAGCCCUGCUGGCCACCGAGCUGGCCCCCGCCUCUGGGCCUCUGCUCUUGCUGGACCUUCCACCCAGAAUGCUCUUCCCCGAUGUCUGCAUGGCCAGCUGCCUCCUGACCUUUAGCCUUGGCUCCAGUGGGUCUUCCCUAGGGGAGACCCCUGAUGCUCUGUGCCCUGACUGUUCUUCUCCUGGUCACGUGUCAGCUGGUUUUGCCUGAGCUGCUUAUAGGACAUGAUGCAGGGGGGCUGGCCUCGGAGACUUCUGGGAGCUGGGCCGGGCAGCCGUGGAGCUGUGCCCGGGCCCUCCCUUUCUGUAGCCCUCCCGCAGGGGCUGUCUCUGGAGCUGCCGCAGAUGGUACAACCGAGUGCCAAGCCCAGGGCAUCUUAGUGGAUAAAAACCAAAAAACCUAAAACAACUUAAAAGGGCAGGAAAGAAGUGACGCAUUUGUUCCUAGUGAGCUGCCUGCAGCUGCCCCUCCAGAGGCUCUGUGGGGUCUGCGAAUGCCUGCCAUGGGGCUGGCGUGUAAGAGGGCAGGGCUCUGGAGCUUAGCUACCAGUCCAGAGAGGAUGAUAGCAGUGCCCAGGAGUUACUGAGCGCUUGCUGCUCCCGUACACUGGCUCCACAAGCACUUCACGUCCUUAGAAUCCCGGUGAGGUUAGUAUUGUUACCUUUGUUCCCAUUUUAGAGAUGUGGAAACUGAGGCUCCGAGAGGUGAAACUGCUAUUUGCAGGUUGCACAGCUAGAAAGAGGUGGAGCCUAGAUUUGAAUCCAGGGAGCCUGGCUUCAGACACUUAGUACUUUCCACACUCCCUGCCCCCCCCACCCCCAGUCUGUGAGAGCAGGUAUCCCCCAUUCCUCUAGUCUCUGAUCCCUGGGGUCUGGCACCAGAUGCGGGGACGGGGGGGCUCCUCUAAGGUCUGCUUGAGGCUGAGAUGUUAGCAAGUGGCCUGACCUUGGAGACAACUUUGGGGGAGUUGCGCCCAUUUUCGAGAUAGGAAAACAGCUCAGAGAGGUCUAGAGGUUUGCCCACGAUCACAGUGGUCACUGGAGGAACUGGGACCAUAGCUGGGACUUUCUAUUUUGUCCAGUGCUCUGCCCACUGUACCGUUUUUACUUGUUCUUUGUGAUGCCAAAGGUAACACAGUGAAGAUGCGUAUGUAGAUGCAUGUGCAGAUUAGUGAACAAUUGUAAAGGGGCACCAUGUGGCCACAAAACUUCUUCCCAGAGGUGAUCACCACCCUAGCUUUUGUGGAAGUCAUGCUCUUUCUGUUACAGGUUGACCACGUCGUAAACCUCACUACACUUGGAAGUUGUUUUACCUUUUCUGGAAUCAUAUAAAUGGAUCAUAGAGGGUAUAGUCUUUUAGUCUGGUUUUUUUUGACUCAGCAUAGUGAGUCUGAGAUUCUUCCAUGUGGUUCCAUGCACAGUCGUUUGUUCCUUUUUAUUGGGGAGCAGUAUUCCAUGGUAUGAACGCACUGCUGUUUAUCUGUUCCCCUGUCCAUGGGCAUUUUGGUUGUUUCUGCUCUUUGGCUGUCAUGGAUAGUGCUGCUGUGAACGUUUACACGUACGAGUCUGUGUGGACGUAGGUUCUCAUUUCUCUGGGGUAUGUAUCUGGGAGUGGGGUUCCUGGGUUAUAUAUGUAGUAAAUGUAGUUUUGACUUCAGAAGAAAUUGCCAAACUGUUUUCCAGUUGCUCCAUCAUAUUCCCGCUGGCAAUGUAUGAGAGUUCCAGUUGCUCCGUAUUCUCGUCAGUACUUGAUGUUGUCAGUGUUUUUAAUUUUAGCCAUUCUCCGGGGCCUGUAGUAGUAUCUCAUGGUUUUAAUUUGCACUUUCCAGAUGGCUAAUUAUGUUGAGCAUCUUUUCCUGUGCUUAUCGGCCAUUUGCAUAUCCUCUUUUCUGAAGCGUCUAUCCAGGUUUUUGCCUGUUUUCUUAUUGUUUGAUUAGAUUUUCUUGUUUGUGGGUGUCCAUUAUGUGAUUUUGAGUCCCUGAGUGGUGCAGAUGGUGAAUGUGCUCAGCUGGUAACUGAAAGGUUGGACGUUCGAGUUUGCUGAGAGGCACCUUGGAAGAAGAACCUGGCGAUCUAUUUCUGAAAAGUCAUCCAUUGAAAAUCUUAGAGAGCACAGUUCUGCUCAGCACACGGGGUCACCACGAGUUGGCAUUGACUCGGUGGCAACAGGUUUAUUUAUUUAUUUAUUAAUAAUUUUUAUUGUGCUUUAAGUGAAAGUUUACAAAUAAGUCAGCCUCUCACAUAAAAACUUAUAUAUUCCUUGCUACAUAUUCCCAGUUACUCUCCCCCCCGCCCCCCACCAUGAGACAGCCUGGUCCCUCCUUCCACUGUCUUCUUUUUGUGUCCAUUUUGCCAACUUCAAAGCCCCUCUACCCUCCCAUCUCCCUUCCAGGCAGGAGAUGCCAACAUAGUCUCAAGAGUCCGCCUGAUCCAAGUAGGUCAUGCCUCACCAGCAUCCCUCUCCAACCCGUUGUCCAGUCCAAUCCAUGCCUGACGAGUUGCCUUUGGGAAUGGUUCCUGUCGUGGGCCAACAGAAGGUCUGAGGGCCGUGACCACCGAGGUCCUUCUAGUCUCAGUCAGACCACCAAGUCUGAUCCUUUUAUGAGAAUUUGGGGUCUGCUUCGCACUGCUCUCCUGUUCCCUCAGGGGUCCUCUGUUGUGUUCCCUGUCAGGGCAGUCAUCAGUUGUGGCCGGGCACCAUCAAGUUCUUCUGGUCUUGGGAUGAUGUAGUCUCUGGUUCAUGUAGCCCUUUUUGUCUCUUGGGCUCGUUAUUACCUUGUGUCCUUGGUGUUCUUCAUUCUCCUUUGAUCCAGGUGGGUUGAGACUCAUUGAUGUAUCUUAGAUGGCCACUUGCUAGCGUUUAAGACCCCAGACACCACUCUUGGAUGCAGAAUGUUUUCUUAAUAGAUUUUAUUAUGCCAAUUGACUUAGAUGUCCCCUGAAACCAUGGUCCCCAAGCCGCUGUGCCUGCUUCGCUGACCUUCGAAGCAUUCAGUUUAUUCAGGAAACUGCUUUGCUUUUGUUUAGUCCAGUUACGCUGACCUCCACUGUGUUGAGUGUUGUCCUUCCCUUCACAUAAAGUAGUUCUUAUCUACUAUCUGUUUAGUAAAUACCCCUCUCACACCCUCCCUCCCUCCCCCCUCUUGUAACCACAAGAGAGUGUGUUCUUCUCAGUUUAACUGUUUUUAAGAUCUUGUAAUAGUGGUCUUAUACAAUAUUUGUCCUUUUGCAACUGACUAAUUUCACUCAGCAUAAUGCCUUCCAGGUUCCUCCAUGUUAUGAAAUGUUUCAUAGAUUCAACACUGUUCUUUAUCAAUGUGUAGUAUUCCUUUGUGGAAAUAUACCAUAAUUUAUUUAUCCAUUCAUCCAUUGAUGGGCACCUUGCUUGCUUCUGUCUUUUUGCUGCUGUAAACAGUGCUGCAGUAAACAUGGGUGUGCGUAUAUCUGUUUGUCUAAAGGCUCUUAUUUCUCUAGGAUAUAUUCCGAGGAGUGGGAUUGCUGGGUCCUAUGGUAGUUCUAUUUCUAGCUUUUUAAAAAAAAACCUGCCAAAUCAAUUUCCAAAGUGGUUGUACCAUUUUACAUUCCCACCAGCAGUGUGUAAGUGUUCCAAUUUCUCCACAGCCUCUCCAACAUUUAUUAUUUUGUGUUUUUUGGAUUAACGCCAGCCUUGUUGGAGUGAGAUGGAAUCUCAUUGUAGUUUUGAUUUGCAUUUCUCUAAUGGGUAAUGAUCGAGAGCGUUUCCUCACACACAUAUCUGUUAGCUGCCUGAAUGUCUUCUUCAGUGAAGUGCCUGUUCAUAUCCAUUGCCCAUUUUUUAAUUGGGUUGUUUGUCUUUUUGUGGUUGAGUUUUAGCAGAGUCAUGUAGAUUUUAGAGAUCAGGCGCUGGUCGGCGAUGUCAUAGCUGAAAAUUUUUUCCCAGUCUGUAGGUGGUCUUUUUACUCUUCUGGUGAAGUCUUUAGGUGAGCAUAGGUGUUUGAUUUUUAGGAGCUCCCAGUUAUCUGGUUUCUCUUCGGUAUUUUUAGUAAUGUUUUAUAUUCUGUUUGUGCCUUGUAUUAGGGAACGAGUUUAUUUUUGAAAUAUGUUUUAGAUACUAGUUUUCAUUACAUGCUUCUUAACCUUGUGCGGUGACAGUUAGACUUUCUAGAUUGAGAAUAGCAGAUCCGCUUCCUCAGGUGUCAGCUCACUUGCUUAUUUACAGGGUCCUCUGGGCAGUUAUUGGGGGAAUUUCAUAGUGACCUUGAGAUAGGGGACCCAGACCCUUGGCUGGGGUGUGGGCUGCCUUAAAAGGAAAUACCCCCUGGUUUGAAAUCCCAGCUUUACCACUGUCCCUGUUGGACCUUGGGUUUGAGACUUGGGCUUUCUGAGCCUUGGUUUCCCUCUCUGUCAAGUAUCGCAGUGUAAUUGUGGGUCAUAGUGGAGAAUAACUUACCUAACAUGUGCAGUGUGCUGGGCGCUGUCACCCAGUCGACCUGGUCAGGCCAGGCCCCUGUGCAGAAGCCGCAGUAGUUCAUGACGAGAUGCAUGUUUUCUCCUGCAGGUCUCCGGGAGUCUCUGAGGACACGACAUUGCUGCCCACGGUUUCUGGUACCUGUGAACAGCAGCCGUGAGCAGAUGAUGACAGUUGACCUUUAACCCCGUGGCAGCUGCAAGAGAGCCCCCAGACACCCCUGCCAUGUCGGGGUCCACGCAGCCCGUGGCGCAGACGUGGAGGGCUGCGGAGGCCCGGUACCCGCCCCACGGCAUUUCCUACCCCGUGCAGAUUGCCCGGCCCCACACGGAUGUCGGGCUGCUGGAGUAUCAGCACCACCCCCGGGACUAUGCCUCCCACUUGUCUCCCAGCUCCAUCAUCCAGCCCCAGCGGAGGCGGCCGUCCCUGCUGUCGGAGUUCCAGCCUGGGGGCGAAAGGUCCCAGGAGCUGCACCUGCGACCUGAGGCCCACUCGUACCUGCCUGAGCUGGGCAAGCCGGAGCUGGAGUUCAUUGAGAGCAAGCGUCCGCGCCUGGAGCUGCUGCCCGAGCCUCUGCCACGGCCCUCAGCCCUGCUGGCCACAGCCCAGCCUGGUGGCUCCGAGGACCUGGCCAAGGACCGCAGCCUGGCGGGCAAACUGGAGCCGGUGUCACCGCCCAGCCCCCCGCACACCGACCCUGAUCUGGAGCUGGUCCCUCCACGACUCUCCAAGGAGGAGCUGAUCCAGAACAUGGACCGUGUGGACCGCGAGAUCACCAUGGUGGAGCAGCAGAUCUCCAAACUGAAGAAGAAACAGCAACAGCUGGAGGAGGAGGCCGCCAAGCCACCUGAGCCUGAGAAGCCCGUGUCGCCACCGCCCAUCGAAUCGAAGCAUCGCAGCCUGGUACAGAUCAUCUACGACGAAAACCGGAAGAAGGCAGAAGCUGCACAUCGGAUCCUGGAAGGCCUGGGGCCCCAGGUGGAGCUGCCGUUGUACAACCAGCCCUCCGACACCCGGCAAUAUCAUGAGAACAUCAAAAUAAACCAGGCAAUGCGGAAAAAGCUGAUCUUGUACUUCAAGAGGAGGAACCACGCUCGGAAACAAUGGGAGCAGAAGUUCUGCCAGCGCUAUGACCAGCUCAUGGAGGCCUGGGAGAAGAAGGUGGAGCGCAUUGAGAACAACCCCCGGCGGCGGGCCAAGGAGAGCAAGGUGCGCGAGUACUACGAGAAGCAGUUCCCCGAGAUCCGCAAGCAGCGCGAGCUGCAGGAGCGUAUGCAGAGCAGGGUGGGUCAGCGGGGCGGUGGGCUGUCCAUGUCAGCCGCCCGCAGCGAGCACGAGGUGUCUGAGAUCAUCGAUGGCCUCUCCGAGCAGGAGAACCUGGAGAAGCAGAUGCGCCAGCUGGCCGUGAUCCCGCCCAUGCUGUACGACGCUGACCAGCAGCGCAUCAAGUUCAUCAACAUGAACGGGCUCAUGGGCGACCCCAUGAAAGUGUACAAGGACCGCCAAGUCAUGAACAUGUGGAGUGAGCAGGAGAAGGAGACCUUCCGUGAGAAAUUUUUCCAGGAUGCUUUCUGUGGCUCCUGUUUUUCUGGAGAUUUCACGUUCAGACGUAACGAUUUCACGCUCUGUGGAUUUGGUUGCUGGAAGCUGAUGUCCUGGACUGGGCUGCUGCCCUGGCUUCGGCCCUGUGUGAGGUUUAUGCAGCACCCCAAGAACUUUGGCCUGAUUGCGUCAUUCCUGGAACGAAAGACGGUGGCUGAGUGUGUCCUCUAUUACUACCUGACCAAGAAGAAUGAGAACUACAAGAGCCUGGUGAGGCGGAGCUAUCGGCGCCGUGGCAAGAGCCAGCAGCAGCAGCAGCAGCAGCAGCAGCAACACCAGCAGCAGCAGCAACAACAGCAGCAGCAGCAACAACAGCAGCAGCAGCAGCAAAUGCCCCGGAGCAGCCAGGAGGAGAAGGAGGAGAAGGAGGCCGAGAAGGAGGAGGACAAGCCUGACGUGGACAACGACAAGGAAGAGCUUGUCAAGGAGAAGACGGACGACACCUCUGGAGAGGACAAUGAUGAGAAGGAGGCCGUGGCCUCCAGAGGCCGUAAAACCGCCAACAGCCAGGGGAGACGCAAAGGCCGCAUCACGCGCUCCAUGGCCAACGAGGCCAACAGUGAGGAGGCCGUCACCCCUCAGCAGAGCGCCGAGCUGGCUUCCAUGGAGAUGAACGAGAGUUCCCGCUGGACCGAGGAGGAGAUGGAGACGGCCAAGAAAGGUCUCCUGGAGCACGGCCGGAACUGGUCGGCCAUUGCCCGCAUGGUGGGCUCCAAGACCGUGUCGCAGUGUAAGAAUUUCUACUUCAACUACAAGAAGAGGCAAAACCUGGAUGACAUCCUGCAGCAGCACAAACUGAAGAUGGAGAAGGAGAGGAACGCCCGGAGGAAGAAGAAGAAAGCCCCAGCUGUGGCCAGUGAGGAAGCCGCCUUCCCGCCCGUGGUGGAAGAUGAGGAGAUGGAGGCGUCGGGCGUGAGCGGGAACGAGGAGGAGAUGGCAGAGGAGGCAGAAGCCUUACAUGCCUCUGGGAGUGAGGUGCCCAGAGGGGAUUGCAGUGCCCCAGUCGCCAUCAACAAUAGCUCCGACACCGAGAGCAUCCCGUCACCCCGCACCGAGGCAGCCAAGGACACUGGGCAGAAUGGGCCCAAGCCCCCACCCACCCCGGGCACGGAUGGACCACUCCCUGCACCGCCCACCCCGCCUCCAGAGGACACCUUGGCCCCCACUGAGCCCACCCCGGCCCCCGAGGCUGCUGGGCCGCCCACACCCCCAUUGGCUCCCCCAUCGCCCGCGGCCCCUGUGGCUCCCAAGGUGGAGGAGGACGAGGCCUCCGGCACCCCACCUGAGGAGGGGGAGGAGCAGAAACCCUCCGUGGCAGAGGAGCUGGUGGUGGACGUGGGGAAGACCGAGGACCCUGAGGAGGCGCCCAUGGAGGAGCCAGUCAAGUGCAAAGUCGAGCACAAGGAGGAGGCAGAGGAGGACACCCCCGACAGGGCCAGGGGCAUGGAGGGAGGUGGCGAGGCCAUGCCCGAGGGACCCGUGAAGAACGAGAAGAAGGAGGGCAGUGCAGGUAGUGGCCCUGGCAGCAAACCCAGCGCGGCCAAGAGUGCAGGCGCCCCCCAGGACAGCGACUCCAGCGCCACAUGCAGCGCGGACGAAGUGGAUGAGACCGAAGCGGGUGACAAGAACAGGCUGAUGUCCCCGAGGCCUAGCCUGCUCACCCCUGCCAGUGACGCCAGGGCCCAUACCUCGUCCCAGAAGCCUCUGGACCUGAAGCAGCUGAAGCAGCGGGCGGCCAUCAUCCCCCCCAUCCAGGUCACCAAGGCGAACGAGACCCCUCGGGAGGACGCAGUGCUCCCAAAGCCGGCUCUCCCAGCCCCGCCACCCCCACAGCACCUGCAGCCAGAGAGCGACGCCCCCCAGCAGCCCAGCAGCAGCCCUCGGGGCAAAAGCAGGAGCCCUGUGCCUCCCGCUGAGAAGGAGGCAGAGAAGCCCGUGUUCUUCACAGGCGAGGGCCAGAAGCUGCCCGCGGAGACCCCCUGCUGGACGCAGGGGCUACCCUUCCCUGUGCCCCCCCGUGAAGUGAUCAAGGCCUCCCCGCAUGCACCGGACCCCUCGGCUUUCUCCUAUGCCCCGCCCGGUCACCCGCUGUCCCUGGGCCUCCACGACAGUGCCCGGCCUGUGCUGCCACGCCCACCUGCCAUCUCUAACCCACCACCCCUCAUCUCCUCUACCAAGCACCCCAGCGUCCUCGAGAGGCCCCUGGGGGCCAUCUCCCAGGUGGGGGACCUGAGGCCCCGAGAGGAGCUGACUUAUCCAAGGUCACACCCUGGGAGCUGGGGCGCUAUCCAGGGUUCUCUCCCCUCUGGGGGCGCCCUGGUGACCCCACGGCCUCGGCCCCUGCAGGGCGUGUCUGUUCAGCUCCAUGUGCCGUACUCAGAGCAUGCCAAGGCGCCCGUGGGCCCCGUCACCAUGGGGCUGCCCCUGGCCGUGGACCCUAAGAAGCUAGCGCCCUUCAGUGGCGUGAAGCAGGAACAGCUGUCCCCACGUGGCCAGGCCGGGCCCCCGGAGAGCCUGGGGGUGCCCACAGCCCCAGAGACGUCCGUGCUAAGAGGGACGGCUCUGGGCUCGGUCCCGGGAGGAGGUAUCGGUCAAGGCAUGUCCAGCACACGGGCGCCGGCGGAAAGUGCCAUCACGUAUCGCGGCUCCAUCACCCACGGUACUCCAGCUGACGUUCUGUACAAGGGCACCAUCACCAGGAUCAUCGGCGAGGACAGCCCCAGCCGCCUGGACCGCAGCCGAGAGGAUGGCCUGCCCAAGGGCCACGUCAUCUAUGAGGGCAAGAAGGGCCACGUCCUCUCCUAUGAGGGUGGCAUGUCUGUGUCCCAGUGCUCCAAGGAGGACGGUAGAAGCAGCUCCGGCCCUCCGCACGAGACAGCUGCCCCCAAGCGCACGUAUGACAUGAUGGAAGGCCGCGUCAGCAGGGCCAUCUCCUCCACCAGCAUCGAAGGUCUCAUGGGCCGCGCCAUCCCACCUGAACGGCACAGCCCCCACCAUCUCAAAGAGCAGCAUCAUAUCCGCGGCUCUAUCACACAAGGGAUCCCACGCUCCUACGUGGAGGCCCAGGAAGAUUACCUGCGACGGGAGGCCAAGCUGCUAAAGAGGGAGGGCACACCCCCGCCUCCUCCGCCGCCUCCACGUGACCUGACCGAGGCCUACAAGGCCCGGCCCAUGGAGACACUGGGCCCACUGAAGCUGAAGGCAGCCCAUGAGGGCCUGGUGGCAACAGUGAAGGAGGCUGGCCGGUCCAUCCACGAGAUACCCCGUGAGGAGCUGCGGCGCACGCCUGAGCUGCCCCUGGCCCCACGACCCCUCAAGGAGGGCUCCAUCACCCAGGGCACGCCGCUCAAGUACGACACAAGUGUAUCCUCUGCCAGCUCCAAGAAGCACGAUGUCCGCUCCAUUAUUGGCAGCCCUGGGCGGACUUUCCCGCCCGUGCACCCGCUAGAUGUGAUGGUUGACACCCGGGCGCUGGAGCGAGCCUGCUACGAGGAGAGCCUAAAGGGCCGGCCAGGGGCUGUUGGCAGCUCAGGGGGCUCCAUCACACGUGGUGCCCCUGUCAUCGUGCCUGAGCUGGGCAAGCCGCGGCAGAGCCCCCUGGCCUACGAGGAUCACGGGGCGCCCUUUUCUGGCCACCUGCCCCGUGGCUCACCUGUGACCACGCGGGAGCCCACACCGCGCCUCCAAGAGGGCAGCCUCCCGUCGAGCAAGGCGUCCCAGGACCGGAAGCUGACGUCCACACCACGAGAGAUCGCCAAGUCCCCGCACAGCACUGUGCCCGAGCACCAUCCCCACCCCCUGUCGUCCUACGAGCACCUGCUGCGGGGUGUGAGCGGUGUGGACCUGUACCGUGGCCACAUCCCGCUGGCCUUCGACCCCACCUCCAUACCCCGCGGCAUCCCUCUGGAUGCAGCUGCCGCCUAUUACCUGCCCCGGCACCUGGCCCCCAACCCCACCUACCCGCAUCUCUACCCGCCGUACCUCAUCCGCGGCUACCCAGACACGGCGGCCCUGGAGAACCGUCAGACCAUCAUCAAUGACUACAUCACCUCGCAGCAGAUGCACCACAAUGCAGCCACCGCCAUGGCUCAGCGCGCCGACAUGCUGCGGGGUCUGUCACCCCGCGAGUCCUCACUGGCACUCAACUACGCCACUGGCCCACGAGGAAUCAUCGACUUGUCCCAAGUGCCACACCUGCCCGUGCUGGUGCCGCCAACCCCAGGCACUCCCGCUACCACCAUAGACCGCCUCGCCUACCUCCCACCCGCUCCCCAGGCCUUCAGCAGCCGGCACAGCAGUUCCCCGCUCUCCCCAGGAGGUCCUACGCAUUUGACAAAGCCGACCGCGACGUCCUCAUCCGAGAGGGAGCGAGACCGGGAGCGGGAGCGUGAGAAGUCCAUCCUCACAUCCACCACGACGGUGGAGCACGCACCCAUCUGGAGGCCCGGUACAGAGCAGAGCAGCAGCGGCAGCAGUGCUGGGGGUGGUGACAGCAGCAGCCGCCCCGCCUCCCACCCCCAUAGCCACCAGCACUCGCCCAUCUCCCCACGGACCCAGGAUGCCAUCCAGCAACGGCCCAGCGUGCUGCACAACACAGGCAUGAAGGGCAUCAUCACUGCCAUGGAGCCUAGCACACCCACGGUCCUGAGGUCCACCUCCACCUCCUCUCCUGUCCGCCCGGCCGCCACAUUCCCACCCGCCACGCACUGCCCGCUGGGUGGCACCCUCGAUGGGGUCUACCCCACCCUCAUGGAGCCUGUUCUGCUGCCCAAAGAGACCCCGAGGGCAGCCCGGCCCGAGCGGCUCCGCACUGACGCCAGCCACGCCUUCCUCGCCAAGCCCCCUGCCCGCGCCGCACUCGAACCCGCCUCCUCCCCCAGCAAGGCCUCCGAGCCCCGGCCUCUGCCACCCCCCGGCCCCAGCCACGCGGCCAUCGCCCGCGCCCCGGCGAAGAGCCUCGCUGCCCACCACGCCAGCCUGGACCAGCCGGCGCUGCCCGCCUCGGCCACAGACCCGCCCCGGGAAAAGACUCAAAGUAAACCCUUUUCCAUCCAGGAAUUGGAACUCCGUUCUCUGGGUAAGACCACCCUGACAGCGGCCACCUUCAUAGACGCGAUAAUCAUGCGUCAAAUUGCCCACGAUAAGGGGCCGCGAGAAGGAGGUUCGCUGGCCAUCGUCUCCCCUCGCGAUGGUUACCAUGGCGGCAGCAGCGGCGGCAGCUACAGCCCCGAUGGGGUGGAGCCUGUCAGUCCCGUGAGCCCACCUGGCCUGGCACACGACAAAGGGCUCCCCAAGCACCCCGAGGGGGCUGACAAGAGCCACCUGGAGGGCGAGCUGCGGCACAAGCAGCCAGGCCCCAUGAAGCUCAGCGGUGAGGUGGCCCACCUCCCACACCUGCGGCAACUGCCUGAGAGCCAGCCCUCGUCCAGCCCACUGCCCCCGGCCGCCCCAGGGGUCAAAGGUCACCAGCGGGUAGUCACCCUGGCCCAGCACAUCAGUGAGGUCAUCACCCAGGACUACACACGGCACCACCCACAGCAGCUCAGCACCCCGCUCCCCGCCCCGCUCUACUCCUUCCCUGGAGCCAGCUGUCCUGUCCUGGACCUCCGCCGUGCCCCCAGUGACCUCUACCUCCCGCCUCCCGACCAUAGCGCCCCGGCACGGGGCUCCCCACACAGUGAAGGGGGAAAGAGGUCUCCAGAGCCCAGCAAGACCUCAGCCCUGGGCAGUGGCAAGGAUGGCAUCGAGCCCGUGUCCCCGCCAGAGGGCAUGGCCGAGCCUGGGCACCCUCGGGGUGCCGUGUACCCGCUGCUGUACCGGGAUGGGGAGCAGACGGAGCCCAGGAUGGGCUCCAAGUCUCCAGGCAACACCAGCCAGCCACCGGCCUUCUUCAGCAAGCUGACCGAGAGCAACUCCGCCAUGGUCAGAUCCAAGAAUCAAGAGAUCAACAAGAAGCUCAACACCCAUAGCCGGAAUGACCCAGAAUAUAAUAUGGGCCAGCCAGGCACGGAGAUCUUCAACAUGCCAGCCAUCAGCGGAUCAGCUCACCUCCCAUUCUUGUCGUUCGCACCCCCAUUCUGCUCUGGUUCCCCCCCCGUUCUGAUGUGGUCCCCUCGUUCUCCUCUGGUCCCCCCAUUCUUGUGUUGUUUGCCCCCCCAUUCUCGUGUGGUCCUCCAUUCUCCUCUGGUUCCCCCGUUCUCAUAUGGUCCCCUCAUCUGGUCUCCCCCAUUUUCCUCUGGUCCCCCCCAUUCUCGUCUGGUCCCCCAUUGUUAUCUGAAUAGGCUUGCAGUGGGCAGGCAGUCACAGAGGCUGCUCACUGGACAGGAAGGUUGCACGGUAGACGUCUCUGGAGAGAAAUCACGAGGCCCCCCGCGCCUGUGAUCCAGAGCUAAUCACAUGACUCUGAAAAUGUCUUCUGCUGCGUUUGCUCAGCCACUCUGAUGAGGGUUGAGCAUCUGGGCAGGGAGCCCCAGGAUCCACAAGGCCUGUUAUCGUAGAUGAAGUGCCCUUGUCCUUGGGAAUCCAGACCCAGAUACUGGGGGAAGCUUACUUUUCCCCAGAUGAACUGCAGGAGUGUUACAGAGGCAGGUGUAAAACCACGUGCGUUUUUUUAAGUGAAAACCAGACUUGUAGGUAUUUUGGACUUGGGGGACUGUAGGGUUGGACCCCCACUAAACUUCUGUUGCCUCUAGGAGAGCAAUGGGGGUGGGGUGUUGAAGAAGCGUCUUGUUGCGUCUGACUGAGGGGGCCUGGUGGGCUGAGGGGCCGGAUUGUUUACAGAGCUGUUGGACCUCUGUGGUGAGAGUGAGCAUGGGGUCUUGCUGGCCUGCCCCGGGAACUGGGUGAUCACAGGACACCAGGGUGAUCCAGUUAGAUGUUAUUCAAGGCCAUCAGUGCCUCCAGUGAGGGUCCUUGCUCUAGGCAGGGGUGCAUGGGGCCCAGACUGGGCGGCGUCAGUCUUCUGGAGUCUCUAGAUGCAGCCCAGGCAAUGGGCAGGAGACAGCUUGGUUGAAACAACCAGAUAAGUGAAAGUGAAUGUUUCUAGAACGUUCUAAAUUUUGACCUAGGUAGUAGACACACAGGUGUGUGUGUACACAGAACAUUGCGGAAGGGUGGGGUUAGGUGUGUGCUAUAACUUGUAAGCUACAGUUUUUUUCUUUCUAGCAGUUUAGGCAGCAGAUUUUUUUCCAGACUCUGGUCCUUGUUUCAGGUUUUGUCUUUUACAAAUGGAGAUGUUUGAGUUUACUGCCCAGCUUUGUGAUGACCCCAGUGAUUGCUACAACUUUCCUCCAAUGAGAACAACCAGGCCCUGGACUCCUUGCCUCAUUAUUUCCACUUUCUAGUGUUUUCUUGGGAGUCCCUGUGUGCUGCGGACAGUUAAUGUUCUCACUGCUAACUGAAAGGUUGGAGGUUCAAGCCCACCUAGAGGCACCUUGGAAGAAAAGCCUGGCAAUCUACUUCCAAAAUAUCGACCUAUAUAUGGAACGCAGUUCUGUGACACACACGGGGUCGCCACGAGUUGGGGUUGACUCAACGGGAGCUGGUAGUAGUGGUGUUUUCUUAAUGCGUAGGACCGGAAAUACGUUUUCCUCGUGCUUACCAGCCCCUUCUGGAAAUUUUACUGUUUCUUGAUGAACGGGCUUUUUUUCUUUACAAGCUAGCUAAUGAAACGUGGCACAAACACAGCUAGGAAGGUAGACCGAGCAUCUGUGGCUGCAGAUGAGUUUGGAACUAAAAAGAGGAAAAUCUAGACGGCAAACAAUCACCAUAGAAACGUGCUUUUAGAACUUCUGGAGUUGCUUUUAGCCGUCAGCUCAAGCUUGCGGUCAGAAGUACUCGGUUUUGACCAGUUUGUAUUUGUACAAGUCACUCAGAGCAGAAAUGUCACAAAAAACAUUGCUAAUCUGCAGGCAGAAAUGGCUUGAGCUUCGUCGCAGUCUUUGACAGCAAAGUCUGGUUUCCCAAAAAUGCUGACAUUUAAAGAGAUGCCCAUCUGGGGUUUGCCACAGUCCCCCAGCACGGUCCUCCAGCCCCAAGAAACAAGAAAAUCUGGUAAACAGACAAGGCUUAAAAAUGAUUGAGUCGUGGUUUCUGGAAGGACCCGUUGGCGACCAGUCUGUUGCUUCGACCACUUUGUCCUGGGCGGUGUGGGCGGGCUGGGUCGUCUCUGAGCUCCGCCCUGUCCUCGCACGCACGCACGCACGCACGCACGCACGGUAACUGCAUGGCUGUGCCCUCCCCACGUCUUUGCACCGCUCUCUCUCUGUGGGUCGCUGGGAGGGGAGAGGCAGGCGGGUGGAGUGUGAGGCCCGGCUGGGGUGGUAGGCAGGGGGCUGAGGGCCUCAGGUGUGGGAGCACAGACCUAUGGUCACAUCCCCUCCCUGAGCCCCUGCCAGCCCUGAGGAACCAAGGUGGACCCCCAGCACCUACCUCUGGCAUAAGCCAAUUCCCAGCAACCCCUUCUUUCCCCAGACAGGACAGCCUGCCCUGCAGCAUCCCCAGCACAUCUUCCCCACCCCGCCACCCCUCUCCGUUUCUAAGGCCACUUAGAAUUUCAACAAAAUCAGUCUCAGCUGGGGUUGGGGGCAAGGAGGCUUCUGACUCCCCAGAGGGCAGAGCUGGAAUGAGGCUGGGGGGCCCAUGUAACCUCCCCAACCCCCCUCCCAGGGGCUUCCCAAGUCAGAGGGGACCCUCCACUCAUGCCCCCUCCCUCCCACAGGAAGCCAUAAAGGGGCUGGGGAGAGGACAGAGACGGGACGCUGUGCCGAAAUGUGCUCACGUGUAUUUCUCUCCCCCCUUCCCGUGUCUCCCCCUCCUCCUUGGUCUGCCCUCGGCCCUGUGUGUCUGUCUGUCUGUCCGUCUCUC